AUACGCUCCUACGACAGCUGGGGUCGCUGAUGGACCUCUGAUACAGGAGUCCUAUCUUCCCGUAUCUGGCGUCGGCUUCAUGCCGUGGACGAUCCAAUCAGACUUGCAAGAUCUAGGCCUUUUCGACAAUGAGGACAGCCUGCUGCAAGUUAAACCUGAUGCAACGGUCAUGCUCAACUUUUCCGGUCGGACGGAAAAGGAGAGAACACAACAGAUUGGACAGCUGGUGCAGAAGCUAAGAGAAGGUGGGCGCUUUCCAUCUCUUGAUGGGUGGAGAGACGAACUUUAUGCCAUUUAUGGACCAGAAAGGUGUGGGCUACAACAGCAGCGCGAGAUUCUUUUCAAGAUGGAACGAUCAGCAUGCUCGCUCUUCGGCUUCGCAACUUUUGGGGUUCAUUGUACGGGCUAUACCGAGGACAUGAAAGUCUGGGUCCCGAGACGGUCUAAGACUAAAUCUACUUUUCCUGGAAUGCUAGACAACACAGUAGCAGGCAAUUCUUCGCUCAUACUUUUUGCCUCACCAUCUGUAGGAGGCAUAACUGCAGGUGAAUCGCCCUUUGAAUCGAUGGUACGAGAAUGCGGCGAGGAAGCCGGGCUGGAAGACGCAUUCGUGAGGUCGGGGCUCAGAUCUACGGGCGCCAUUUCGUACUUCUACAAGAAUCAUCAAGGCCUCACUCAGCCAGAGGUAGAAUACACAUACGAGAUCUUGCUGCCUUCAAAAGUAAUUCCGGCACCAGUGGAUGGCGAGGCUGAAUAUUUCACGCUUAUGAGCUUCGAAGAAGCGAUGCAACGGAUGCGCAACUUUGAAUUCAAGCCGAAUUGUGCGCUUGUCUUAAUUGAUUUCUACAUCCGCCACGGCCUGAUCACUCCCGAUAACGAGCCAGACUAUCUCCAAAUUUUGACGCUCAUCCAUACAGAUCUCAAGCUUCCCGGGCCCUGA